GUAUUAUUUGAAACAAAAAGUCAUAUUUUUUGCACACUUUUCGCGUCCAAAACGCGUCGAGAGAUUAUCGCCGAUAAGUAGACGGCAUUGAAAUCACGUGACAAACACGUGGCCAACGGUUUGGUCGCGCAAUCAGUCGCUAAGCAAAUGAUUUAAGCGUCGAAAAAGUUUUGACAGAUAUUUGUGAUACAAAUCGUUGUUCAAUACACACAAAGACUGUGUAGUGGUCCCAUAUCUGACGUGUGGUCCCGAAGGGGAUAAUCAGCUGAAGACAUGUGCGAAUCGCUCGUCAAAGACCUGUUUCAGGAGCUGUCGGAGGAAAACACGCGACUUCUGAAUGAGUUGUCGUUUGAGCGCCAGUUGAAUGACAUCCUGAUUGAGGUGAAGAACUACUCGCUGAUAGCGAGGGCUCAGUGCAAGUGCCGCGAGAAUCGCGAUCUCUUCCAGAAGAUCAACCGCCUGUCCAAUGACUUCAAGACAAUGAAGUACAGCUCCCGACCACAGCAACAGCGCGUGCUCUUCACCACCAAAGCUGGCAACGGAUCCAGUCAUCAGAGUCACAGUAAUUGUACCCCCAAUGGUCACCACAAUCAUAGCUACGGUAAUGGUAGCGGCGGUGGUGGUAGUGGUGGUGGUAUGGGUGCUGCCAAUGGCUAUCAUACCUAUAAUCCGGGUCACAGUUACAUGAAUGGCAUGAUUGGUCUGCAAUCGUGUGACACGAACUCAAUGUCUAUGAAAUCCGAGUACCGGAUGAGCGAUACGUACAGCGAAUCGCAUACUUAUCCACAGUUUACUCUUCACAUAAAAGAGGAGAUAAUGGACGACAACAACGGCUUUGAAUUGAAAUACGAGCCCAAAAGCGAUGACAAUAUGUGCAGAAGUAAUGGUCAGAUUCAGAUGAACGGCUUCUACGACACGACGCCCGCGGAUGAGCCCAAAGUGAUACCCAUUUGUGUCGAGUGUUACGAGUGCUUCGAAACAGAACGGGAGUUAGAGAUGCAUAUGAAUGGUGUGCACCAGAGACUCAAGAGGAAUAGCGUCCACAACAACGUGUUCGUGUGCGACGAGUGUCUCCCGCACCGGGUGUUCACCACCGCUGACCAGAUGUCGGCUCACUUGCAACGUAAACACGGCUCCACUACUGGUGGUAACGGACAGCCGGUUAAUCUGUUGGCGAACGGACGCCCGUUUAGUAAUGGCCAUCAAAUGAACAGUCAGUUGAUGUCAGAUACUAUGAAACGAAAGAGGGGUCGACCCAAGAAGUUGAUGUCCAGCGUCGGCAUCGGGUAUCAACCGUUGAAAAUCAACGGUCAAGUGGGCAGACCUCGCAGUUUGGACACCAGUGUGUCGGCGCCCGUCAAGCGUAAGGUGGGACGACCUCCGAGUGUGGACAGCAAGCCGUCGAUGUUUAGCGCUAAACUCGGACGACCCGGUAGUUUGGACGCCAGGCCCUUUGUUAUAAAAGGCAAAGUAGGCCGCCCUCCCAGUACGGACACUAAACUGGCUGUAAAUAACAAUAAGUUUGCGAAACCAGCGGGCGUUCAGCCAAUUAAGGGCAGAGUAGGCCGACCCCCGAGCGUUGACUCCAAAGCAAAUCAAAGUAAAAUACAGACAAACACUUUCAGCGCCGACACGAAGCCAAAGCCUGUCGUAUUUAAGGGCAAAAUGAAGUUAAGUAUAGCUCACAAACCAGGAGUUGUUGUAAAGCGCAAAGUAGGCCGACCCAAGAAAUUGGUUCCCAAAGCGUUAAGGGGUAGACCGCCUAAGAAGCUGCCGGUGAAUACCAUCACUGAAUCCAAUGGAAGUCCUCCUAAAGUUGGGAAUGGAUUGAGAACUAGUCCUACAUUGAAAUCAAGUCCCGAAGCGACUGAUAGUAUGAAUAAUAAGGCGAAGAGUCCGCAGAAUACCACGAAUAUGAAGACAGAAAUAUCCGAAAAAUUUAGACAACUUUUGGAUAAACAUAAGCGAAAACGCGGCAGACCUGCCAAACAGCGACCUGUCGGCCCCAUUGCGGCUAAUGUUGUGACGGCUACCCAUACUUCAAAUAUAAAUAAUAGAUUUCCGACUAUUGCCGACAAAUUCAAGCAGAUUAUGGACAGACAUAAGAGAGGGAGGGGUAGACCCCCGAAGCCUAAGAUUAUUAUCGAUCUUUAAUGCGAUACGCGAGCGACCGGAACGGGAGAUUUGAUUUGAUUAUACAUAUUGUGAACUGUAAUAUAGAUUUUUAGUUUUGAUAUUUGAUGUGAACGUUAGUGACAUUUAUUUUGUGGCCAUAAAUGCUAUGCAAAAGUGAUUACGAAUGACAGAGAGAUAUGCAGUGUUUUCCGCACAAAACCCCAUUUAAAAGUCAGUUAUUAAAGUGUUUUUAAGAUUUAUUUUUGCCGAUGAUUUGAGUGAGAAGUCAGAUGUGGAGUCGCGAUUGGAUCCAAACAAAAAUAUAAUAUAGCUUUUGAUUGUAUCUAUGCAUCAGAUAUUGAUUUAUAACAAUUUUAAUUAAUACA